AUGCUGUCUCACGCCGACCUCCUGGACGCCCGUCUCGGGAUGAAAGACGCGGCCGAGCUGCUGGGACACCGGGAGGCAGUCAAGUGUCGGCUGGGCGUCGGGGGCUCGGAUCCGGGGGGACACCCGGGAGACAUGGCUCCCAACUCGGACACGGUGGAAGGGACCACCCUGCUGCCGGGAGAGGACAUCACCACGGUGGGAUCCAACCCCAGCUCUCUAGCCGUCAGCGCCAAAGACGCUGACAAGCAGCAAGGCCAGCAGGGUGGCCAGAACUCCAGCCAGGCCGGGCAGCAGCAGGGUCAGCAGAAGCAGAAGCGGCACCGCACUCGCUUCACGCCGGCGCAGCUCAACGAGCUGGAGAGGAGCUUCGCCAAGACUCACUACCCGGACAUCUUCAUGCGGGAGGAGCUGGCCCUGCGCAUCGGUCUCACCGAGUCCCGGGUGCAGGUCUGGUUCCAGAACCGCCGCGCCAAGUGGAAGAAGCGCAAGAAGACCACGAACGUGUUCCGCGCCCCGGGCACGCUGCUGCCGACGCCGGGGCUGCCGCAGUUCCCCUCGGCCGCUGCCGCCGCCGCCGCCGCCAUGGGGGACAGCCUGUGCUCCUUCCACGCCAACGACACGCGCUGGGCCGCCGCCGCCAUGCCCGGCGUGUCGCAGCUGCCGCUGCCGCCGGCGCUGGGACGGCAGCAAGCCAUGGCGCAGUCCCUGUCCCAGUGCAGCCUGGCGGCCGGCCCGCCGCCCAACUCCAUGGGCCUCUCCAACAGCCUGGCGGGCUCCAACGGCGCCGGGCUGCAGUCCCACCUCUACCAGCCCGCCUUCCCCGGCAUGGUGCCCGCCUCCCUGCCCGGCCCCAGCAACGUGACGGGCUCUCCCCAGCUCUGCAGCUCCCCGGACAGCAGCGACGUGUGGCGGGGAACCAGCAUCGCCUCCCUCCGCCGCAAAGCACUAGAGCACACAGUCUCCAUGAGUUUCACCUAA